AUGCGAGCAUGGAGUGAUGAGAGGUCAUCGUCACUCGACGACGUGGGCAACGCCAUUGGCGGCAUGUUUUACCAAGCUGCUGGAGCCGUGGCCCGGGCCGGUAGACAGGUGAUGGGAUACCCGAACGACGGUCACGAUGCCGAGACUAGCCAUACAUGGCCGAUAAUACAGCAACCAACGAUUGAUGAUCCAAGAUCGAUUCAAGAAGAGGUGGUGGACAAAGGGAGGAAUCUCAUGACAUUAAUCAAGGAAAGCGGCAUGCAAACGAAGUACUUCACGACACUCCUCGACUCAUAUGACAAGGUCCACGACAUGCUUCUCGGCGACGAUGACGAGCAACCCCAGAAGCAAAAGCAGUUCACAGUCUUCGUGCCUACGGACUCAGCCUUCCAGAAGCUGGAGGGCGUUUUCGAACUCAGUCGAGCGGAGCUGCUGGGCGAGAUUCUCGAGUACCACGUUCUUCCGGAGCGGUAUACCUACAAAGACCUUCGUGGGCUGCGGACGGCGAAGACGGUUCUCGAAGAAGGUGGUGGUGGUGGGGAGCUGCGGCGGCAGAGGUUGAGGAUCGCGGAGGGUUCAUCGGGCCUUGAAGUCAACUUUUACGCCCGGGUUCUCGCGUCCGAAUCGAGGGAGACCGGGGAUGGCGCGAUUGUUGUUCACUUUAUCGACGAGGUUCUGAUUCCGCCGCCGCGGUGGGAUGUCUUUGUUGGUGCUGCGGUGCCGGAGGAGACGCUGGGGACUUUUGGAAAGGUGAUGAAGAGGAGCGGAGUGGGCGAGAGAGUGUUGAGCCAGCAGUGGCGCGGCUCUGGGAUCACGGUGUUUGCGCCGUCGAAUGAGGCGUGGGACAAGUUGGGUGAGGAAGCGAUGGACUUUCUCUUUUCUUCGCGGGAGGGGGCGAGGUUUCUUGAGGCUUUGGUGAGGUAUCAUUUUGUUGCGGAGGUUGUUUAUACGGACUUUUUCCAAGACGUGGAGAUUGAGGAGAUGGAGAAUAGGGCCGACGGGGAAGAGGACCUCAGGGAGGACGCCGACGGGGUGGGGCGGGUGCGACGGGAGGUUCAGACUCUGCUUGACGGGGCGAGGGUCUUGGUUAAGGCGGUGGUUUCUCGCAGCACGGGACCUACGGGUGACGGUGGACGGCCGGUGGGCGUGGUAAAGGUGAAUGUCAAUGGGGCGGCGGUAUCAGCGAGAGAUGUGCCGGUCAGGGAUGGCGUUGUGCAUAUCCUCGACGAGGUGCUCUUACCACCACCAGCGCCGCCGUCAUUGUCGUCGCCUGAAGAGAGUGGUGUUACGAGGAGUAGCGAGAGAAUCGGCGUGGAGGAACUUAAGAGGCGGCUGGCCCGGUUCGUUGAGGUGGGAGAUGAGGGCGGUUGGAGCGAAGAGUUGUAG